CAUCAAACCAAGUCUUUCCUGUCGUCCCCCCAAACCUCACCGUCGCCUCGCCCCCCACACACUCACCAGGCCGAGGGCAACCAGGAAUACGAGUUACUGCGAAUCGCCACUGCAACACAUAUGUUAAACCCAUAGACAAUCAUCAUCUCAAUCUCAAUCUCAGUCUCAAUAUCCCUUGCACCCAAACCUCAUACUCAUAAUCAUCCAUCAUCCACCCCCACACGCUCCUCCAUGUCCGACCAUGUCAGGAAAACCCUCUAACGACACCAGUUCGGUGCCCACACCGUCCGAUUCCACAAGUUCAAAAACUAGCACUCAGCCACCUAUUCCUUCGAUCGAGACUCCCGAUCCCACUUCCCAGCAAGAGCAAGCCUCUUCCUCCACCAGACUUCCACCUCGUACCGCAACUCAGAAUCCCGUCUUUCGAAUACCCCAAUCCCCUCGAUCUGCUCCCGGUCCCGAAGCCUCGUCACAUCAAAAGCAAGGCAAGAUUGCCAUUCCAAGAUUAAAACGCCCCGUCGAUCCAUCUGGCGACGAUGCUGCAAGACCAGGAGGAAAACAUCGAGUCACCCAUGCCUGCGAACCUUGCCGUCACAGAAAAACAAAAUGCAGUGGCGAACGUCCAGCCUGCAGACACUGUGUCGAUUUCAAGAUUGCAUGCUAUUACGCCGAUGGGAAACGAGACAGAGUCAAAAAACAAUUUGGUACAAUGACCGAAAAGGUCGCCGAGUAUGAAAAACUACUCAAAACCCUGAUGCCACGAGUCAGUGAUGCAGAUGCGUCUCUCAUUCGCCUUGCUCUAGAACGGGUACCACUCCCCAACCUGAUCCAUUCGCCCCUGAAGCUGAUCACUACCCACUAGGACGCUUUGGACAACGAAACAUCGUCGACGGUGGAUGCCCUCACUGAAUCUGAAUCUACCGCCCUGCACACCCUUGAUUCCGGUGGCGAGAGUGGUGCUGAGUCUGAGGCUUCGGCCGGUGCCGGUUCCACCGGUGCCCUCGAUAGAACCGAUGAGGAUUUCACGCGUGAGAAGGUCAGAAAUACUGGUUACAUGGGCAAGAACUCGGAAGUCACAUGGCUGCAACGAUUGCGGGAACAGAAUCAAUCCGGCGAUGUUCCACAUACUGCCCGCGACAGUUCUUCGUCCAGAGCCGCAUACCCCAGAGCAAGUGGUGACGACAACGGCUCUGAAGAUGCCGACACCUUCACCACCGCCGAUUCCAAUUAUCAUCUGGACGAUCUCGCCAUCUCGACGUUUGAGCAUGUCGAUCCCUACGAAAUGCCACCGCCCGAAACCGCACAACAUCUCUUCAACUCUUACAUCACAAGAGUCCAUCCCACAUUUCCGGUAGUUGGCAAAACCAAUCUCACCAACCAAUUCCAACGCUUCUUCUCCGGCGCCAUUGCAACUCGACCACCGGAAAAGUGGCUAGCGAUUCUAAACCUGAUAUUUGCCAUAGCAGCCCAGUACUCUCACCUUAUCAAGGCCGAAUGGGAAGCCGACGAGCGCGACCAUCUCAUCUACUUCACCAGAGCUCGCCUUCUCAGCAUCAACUCGGAAACCAUGUUCCAACACCCCGACUUGCAGCAUAUUCAAAUCCUCGCCUUGAUGUCAUUCUACCUCAUGUGCAUUAGUCAGAUCAACCGAGCCUGGGUCAUCAAUGGAUCCGCCAUCCGUGCCGCCUGUGCAAUCGGCAUGAACAUUCGCAACGACAGCCCCGAACUCAAAGACUCGCUCAAGGAGAUCCGAUAUCGAGUUUGGUGGGCCAUCUACACGCUCGAACACCGUCUGUGUGGCAUGACGGGCAGGGUCAAUUGCAUCCUCGAUGAUCAUUGCACCACACCUCUCCCUGUGCCGGUGGAAGAAGAACUCUUUGAGACGGAAGAAGCAAAAGCUUUGCUGAGCAAGGAACGGCAGCAGGGUGACCGGGCCCCGGGAUCCAAUAGUAAUACACCAAGCGUGUCCGCGUCGACGCCAUCGACCGAAAGCCGAUCCCGCUCUCAGACCAAGAUCGACUCGCGGUCUCCCUCUGCGACAAAUCGCGUGGGAGACCUGGAUUGGGCGAAAGACGUACCACCCAACCCUGCUCUCUAUUUUCUACACCUCGUUCAAUUGGCCCGGUUGACACAGAACAUCUUUCACCGGCUGUACAAUCCAAACUCUGUGCGCGGGACCUGGUCGCAGACGCAAGAGAAAAUCAAAGAGCUCGAUAUUCAGUUGGAAAGUUGGUAUCAAAAGCUCCCCCCUGCGUACGCAUUUCGAAGAAAACAACGCGAUCGGGCCGCGUAUGAGUAUCGACUGGGCCUCGGCUUCUUCUUCUAUGGUACCAAGAUGACAGUGCACCGCCCUUGCCUCUGCAGGCUUGAUCGCAAGAUCCCGAACCAGUCUCAAAAGUCGCUCGAGUUUAACCGGAACUCGGCACUAGCAUGCGUGGAAGCGGCGAUUGAGACCUUAAACAUGAUUCCCGACGAGCCAAAUGCGAUUGGCCUCAUGCGUAUUGGACCAUGGUGGGACAUUCUUCAGCGACUGGUCCAGGCCAGCUCGGUGCUGAUGCUCGAGUUGUCUUUUCGGGUCAACCACAUGCCUGAAGAAGCGGAUGUGGUUCUGGAGUCGGGCAAGAAAGCGGUCAGAUGGCUUCACGCUUUGGGGGAUGAGAAUAUUUCGGCGGCGCGAGCGUGGAAGCUGUGUGCACCGCUAUUUCAAGUGGCAGCAAGGAAAAUCGGACGCGACGUUUCGGAUCUUCCUCGAAAUCCGCCUGGCAAGAUGGCGGAACAAGAUGCAGACAUGUCCGAGGUGGGAUAUCCGCCAACGGCGUUUCCGCAGGGGCCUGCCCUGACGAGUGCCAUUUAUCAAAGCAUCCCAACGUCGCAACCCUUCUCGCUCUACGAUCCAAUGAUGCAGUACGACCAAUAUAUCCCUGGAGACUUUGCCAUGGAUCAGAACAUGAUGUUUCAAGCGGGUCCAGACAGCGGUUUCCAACAAUAUCAGACAGACACGCCGGCAGACAUGGACUUGCUCCACACCGGAUAUCACGACGAGCAGGCCCAGCCGCCCCAAGGCCACACGAAUCCAGCGAGAAGUCGACCAUUUGAAUAAAAAGUGGCCGAGAAGGCAAGCAACUGUGGUUCGCUCCAGCCAGGACACACCUGAGGUAACGGUGAAAUUGCGUUGAGCAUACUGGGUACCUAGCUGUCAUAGUACGUCCCUAGGGAGACCUGUCUCUUUUACAACUUGGUGCUUGAUAAUAACAGGAAAGCGAUGGGCGAUGGCUGCAGCCAGACACAUUAUCUGAUUGUGAGGCAGACAGAUUGGCCUGUAGUAAUACAUAAUAAAUCCAAUA